GACUGCACGCUUUUCAUCACCUCAAGCCAUGGAUAGAAGAGAGACCAUGGAGGAAACGUCUCAAGAAGACAACCAUGACUGUGUGUCCUCGAGCAAUCCUGCUGGAAGCCCCACCUCCCGCACUGUCAUGGUGGAUGCUGCCUCUGAGAUGAGACCUGAACUAGCCUACAGUUCAGAAGACGUCUGUGGAAAGAAGUAUCGUAAAGAAUCGUAUGGAAAUCGCGUGAAGCAGUAUGCUGUGCCCAACACCAGGCCCAUACAUGAGAGGUACGCGUCGUUCGCUAGCAGAAAAUCAUCAUUCGACCUUCAUCCCGCAACUGCAAAGGGAAACACAGAAAAAAUGGCAAAAGCUGGAUUCUUCUACACUGGUGCUCAAGACCGCAUAACCUGCUUUCAGUGCGGCAACUCCCUCUACAACUGGAGCGAUGAGGACGACCCAUUAUCUGAACACGCCAGGUGGUACAGAGACUGUCCUUACGUCAUUCUGCAGCUUGAUGAUGAGGCUAUCGAGAACAUUAGACGGGAACACAGCAAUACACUGGCAGAGAGAAGUCAUGCAGAAAGGAACAUGUCUGACAAAGCAACGGAGUUCUUGCUACAAAACCUAAAAUCGUCCUAUCUUGUCCGCCGCCUGAUUUUACAAGGCAUCAACCCGGACAUCGUGGAGUUAGCGAUACGAGCAAGGCUUAACAGCACGGGGUUGGUAGAUGUGCUCGACGAGCAAGACCUACGCAGGGCGGUAGGUGAAGUCCUAGCUUUACCACAAAACGUCAGAACAAGGGAAGUUCCAAAAGCUGAUAGAGGUGACUUGAGCAAGUGCAUCAUCUGCAAGACGGGAGACAGACGCAUCAUCUUCCUUCCAUGCAAUCAUCUUGUCUCCUGUACUGGAUGUGCCGCAUUCAGCACCGUCUGUCCCUCAUGCGAGCGCAAGAUCGCAACCACGAGGGAGGUUCUCUUGGCCUGAAUAACACUGAUGAUGAUGAUGAUGAUUAUUAUUAUUAUUAUUAUUAUUAUUAUUAUUAUUAUUAUUAUUAUUAUUAAUAUUAACGAUAUUAACGUUUUUAGAGGUAGCAUUGAUAAGAUUAUGACUGAAUUGUUGUCAGUUAAAGCAAGUGUAAGUCAAAUUCCUCAACUGAGUGAGAAAGUCGAGGACCUCGUAUCACUAAAGCUCGUAAUUGAAACACUCCUACCUAUCAGGGACACCAUCAAUGAGCUUAAAAGCUCAGUUACCUUCCUCUCUGCAGUUUACGAUGAAGUUCAUGAGACAGUAACCAAACACAACAGUGAAAUAACUGACAUCUCAAAGAAGGUAAACCGUCUGGAAGAUAAGGUGAAAGACCAAUCUGAAGUAAUUCAGAAACUGCAGAUUUCUCUAAAUGAAAGUGAACAGUACAGUCGAAAUUUGAAUCUAGAAAUUCGUGGUGUUCCUGUUGAGGCGAAUGAAAACAUAGAUGAUAUAGUCAAAGACAUUGCUAAAAAACUUGGUAUGUUUGAAUUUAAACCAGAACAUGUGCAGGCUGCCCACCGCCUUCCAGUGAAAAGCGACAAAGUACCGCCAAUAUUAAUCAGAUUUAUCUCUUCGGCGAUAAGAAACACGUGGCUGCAGAGCGGAAGCUUGUCCGUUUACUGUUCGAAAAAGGUGAUCUGCCGUUUCCGUUGUUUGUCAAUGAGAAUCUAACACGCUUCUACAGAGAAUUGUUGUGGAUGGCCAAACAACGCGCUAAAGAGUGUGCAUACAAGUUUUUAUGGGUAAAAAUUGGAAAGAUUUUUGUGAAGAAGGAUGAAAAGUGUUCCAUAUUGCGCAUUACCUCUCAGAGUGAUCUUGUUAAAAUUGUUUGAACGAUAUGGAUUUAUGUACUACAUGGUCUAACUUCAAUGAAUUGCAACAGAAGGUAAACGUUUUUAAGACUUCUGGAACUUCUAUUGGUGUUUUGCACAUUAAUAUCAGAAGUAUGCGUAGGCAUUGGGCGUUAUUGCACGUUACAAUUAGCAAAAUGAAAAAUUGGGUCGACAUUUUUGUUAUAACGGAAAUAAACAUUUCCGCUGCUGAAUUAGAUCUCUAUCAGAUUCCUUGUUACUUAUGGUUUUCAUUCACACGGGGAAAAGUCGUGGGGGCGGUAUAGCUGUUUUUGUUAGAAAUGGUAUUCUUGCUAGCAUAUAGAGUCAACCAUGUGUAAAGGGAUAGAGCGUGUGGCCUUAAAGAUAACUACAGACAAUGCUUCAUUUGGAUUGUUAGACAUAUACCGGCCACCUAAGAGUAAUAUAACUGUAUUUUUCAGUGAGUUAAGACAGCUUCU